CUAUCAGUUACGUCAUGCGCUCGGUGGACUUUAGAUUAUGAGACGCUCCUAGAAGCUACCUGUUCUGCCCGAGACUGAUGACACACAAUGGCCAAGUUUCUAUCUCAGAAUCAGAUUAAUGAAUUUAAAGAAUGCUUCUCGCUGUACGAUAAGAAGCGGAAGGGAAAAAUCGAAGCCAAGGACCUGAUCACAGUAAUGCGUUCUUUAGGCACCAGUCCCACGUUCAGUGAGGUCGACCGACACCUACAGGUUCAUAAAAUAGAUAAAAUGGGCGAGCUGGACUUCUCUACCUUCUUGACCAUCAUGCACAGACAGAUGCAGCAGGAAGACCCGAAGACGGAGAUCCUGGAGGCCUUGCGCAUGACAGACAAGCAGAAGAAGGGCUACAUCCUGGCAUCAGAGCUCCGUACCAAACUUACAGGCCUUGGAGAGAAGCUCACUGAUAAAGAGGUGGACGAGCUGUUUAAGGAGGCCAACGUCGGCCGUGAUGGCCGUAUUAACUACGAGGAGUUUACCAGGAUGGUCACACUGCCUCCUGUCGACUACUAAAGGACCAAACAGGAAGAGUCUGGACCUGUCCGUGUCUGUUUUGCUCUGUGUGUUUGUUAUAUUAAUCAACAGUAAUAAAAAAUAAACAAACAAACAAA